AACGUCACAGAUCUAUUUUUUUAAUUGAUUGAACCUUAUACAUAGUUAACCGUGGCCUUUGAAUUGAUAUUUGGUGUUUUAAACUUCCGGGCUGUCUAACCUGAAUGAUUUGGAAUGGAUUAUUAUUUAUAAUUUAAAUAAUGUUUUUUGAUUCAAUAUGGAUUUUGUUUAUUCAGGUUAUUUCCGUGUUCGGUGGUUGUUACUACCACUAUCAGUACGACUACCAUGAAUGUGAUACAGAUGUCGGAACUAUCAUUGGUGCAAUUAUUGGUUCUUUGUUUGGAGUAGCAGUUAUAGGGGCUAUUAUCGUCACAAUAUGUUGUUGUGUUAAAACCAGUGGUGUUCGUGGUCAUGUGAUACAACCAGACACUUUAUCAAAACUUAAUCAACAUCAACAUGAACAAACACUGCAACAGCAACAACUACCAUCAAAACCAAAGAAAAGUAAUAAAAAACGUUCACGCCUUAAAAAAAGUUCCAAGAGUCAACAUCCACUACCACAACAGAAUGCGGCAUAUUCUCCUCCACCAAUUUAUGAACCCGGUCAUCUACCACCUCUACUAGAACAUAGUACGUCAUAUUCUUCAACACCAUCACAGGAACCCGGUCCUCGUACACCUCUACCGCAACAGAGUGUGGCAUUUUCUUCAACACCAACACACGAACCCGGCCAUCCGCCACAGCCUUCACAACAAAGUUCGGCAUAUUCUUCAUCACCAACACAGAAAACUGAUCAUCCGUCACUUUUACCACAACAGAGUGCGGCAUAUUCUUCAGCAUCAACACACGAACCAGGACAUCUGCCACCUCUAACACACCAGAAUAUGGCAUAUUCUCCACCACCAACACAGGAACUCGACAAUCCUCGUCCUCCAUCAUAACUGAGUCGGUGUAUCCUCCACAACCAACACAGGAACCUGACCAUCGGUCAUGGUCACUCUAGCAUAACAUGGGUGACAUACAAUGCAAUAUAUGCAAAUUUCUUAAUGAAAUAAACAGCUGACAACAUGAGAGUCAGAACAUCAACGAAAGGGAAGAAACAUUCAAAGAUCUACAUGAUAGCAUUACAAAGGAGGAUGUAUGAAUGCUAUGGGUUGUUACAGUCAGUGCGUGGCCAUUCGCCACCCCAGCAUGUUAUGGAUGACAUGUAAUCUAUUCAAACACGUGCAGUGCAUUGUGGGUCGUUUCUUAAAGACACGUCGUUUUCGUUUGUUCCACAAUUUUCAGUAGGUUUGUUUUAUCUACGAACUCACUGUAAAGUCAACAUUUAUAACAAUCCACAUGAUUAAAUAAUUUACCUUUAUCGUUUAUUUGGAUGGAAUGAAACUAAUUCAAUAAAAUGUCAAAACUCCGAUCUUUUCUAUUUCGAAAAAAAAUACUUCCAAAUAAAAAAUGUUAAGUCAUCUAAACAAUAUUCUUUUUAGACUACUAGUACAUACAUUGACGAGUUAAGAAAAUAAGCAAUUUCAAUUCUCGAGAUCAAUUUUGUAUGAGAUUUUUUUUUUUAGCCAACGAUGCUAACUACACCUUUUUAAAGCGUCAAGUCGCGUAUAUUCAGUCUUGGUGGGAAAAAAAACGUUAAGAACUUUCUCCUUGUAAGAAAAAGUAAAAGCAAAAUAAUUAUGGCACACAUAUUUCGUUUGGUAGUUUUAGGAGGGAGGAAAUUUGAUAAUCAACGAAUCAGUAACGAGAACUAUUCGAUAAAAUAGUAACUAAAAAUAAUGUAGAAAUCUUUAAAAUUACAAAUUCUUUAUCUAGUAUUCCUUCUGUUUUGGUUCGUAUUCGAUUAAAUGUUUGAGGAAAAUCAAACUAAAUAAAUCUUUUAACACAUGGAAUAAAAAGAAUUAAGUAUAAAUAAAACAUACAUAGAUAAACAACUGGUAUAUGUGGACAUAUUUCCACGUUGUUUUCUUCAAUACACAGGUUAUCUCUUUAUAUAUAUUUAUAUAGUUAUCUGUGAGUAAGGAUUUUCCUCCUUUUUAAAAGUCAAUUUCCAAAUAGUUGUAUUUCAUAUUCAAAAUUUUCAACAUAAACUAGCUUGAGCGACGGAGCUUUUAAAAUAUCAAUUUUAACUGAGAAGUAUUGUAGCUCAUAAACAAGGAUAAUUUCUUUCUGUCACCCAGUAGAACAAAGCUACCAAUAGUGUUUUAUUGCACGUGCAUUUUUACCAUCUAUCUGAGCGUUAAACGUCAAACAAUUUGAGUAGUAAAAACGGCAUAUGUAUACCGUGUAAAGAAAUUUAUAUAUUUUUGGAAACUUUGAAUUAGUUUUAUAAUAGAGUUGAAAUUUUGCUCUCAUUUUUUGUAAUUGUUUUUGUUAUGUUAUAUAUAUUUUGUUAUUAAAAAUUGGUUAUCGGUUCAUUA